UUGUCCUUUUAAAACACUAUUACUUGUUUUUUUGGCCUAAACCCUUUAGCGCCGAUUCCUUUCAAAUCUCCAUUUAUCCAUUGUUUCAUCAACAGAUCUUUACCUGUUUUGUUGUAUUUAGGUUCGAUCUGUUUUAUUUAACCUUUUUCAGUUUUUGAAAUUUUGGACCGUUGAGAUGGAGGAGAAGAAGGAAGAGACGGUGAAGGGAGGAGAGUUGUUGUUUUGUGGAUGUACAAGUUGGGAUGCAGUUGGUCGGCGCAAACAUGCUCUUGAAAAUUUGGUUUCUCCUACCAGACUUCGUCCUCUUCUUGGUGUUGACAUUUGUUUUGUUGCUGCUGGUUGCGCUUCUUGUCAUUGUGUAGCAUUAGAUACUGAAGGCCGUUGCUAUACAUGGGGAAGGAAUGAGAAAGGGCAGCUUGGUCAUGGAGAUAAAAUUACACGUGAUAGACCAACUGUUGUUUCAGAACUCUCCAAGCAUAAAAUUAUUAGAGCUGCAGCUGGAAGGAGCCACACAGUGGUAGUUACGGAUGACGGACAGUCCUUUGCUUUUGGUUGGAAUAAACAUGGGCAGCUUGGUACAGGUUCUGCAAAGAAUGAAAUUGAACCAUCUCCAGUCCGAUGUGCCGUCACUGAAGUCAAAACUACUGCUUGUGGGGCUGACUUUACUGUGUGGCUAACCUCAGUUGAAGGAGCUUCUAUAUUAACUGCUGGUCUGCCUCAGUAUGGUCAGCUUGGUCAUGGUACUGACAAUGAGUAUAAUACCAAAGAUAGCUCUGUAAGGCUAGCUUAUGAAGCUCAACCCCGACCUAAACCUAUAGCUGCUUUUGCUGGAGAAACUAUAGUCAAAGUAGCUUGUGGAACAAAUCACACAGUUGCAGUGGAUAAGAACGGAUAUGUUUACACGUGGGGAUUUGGCGGAUAUGGGAGGCUAGGUCAUAGAGAACAGAAGGACGAGUUUGCUCCUCGACGAGUUGAUGUUUUUACGCGACAGAAUGUCUUGCCUCCAGAUGCAGUAAUUUCAGCAGGUUCUGUGAACUCAGCAUGUACUGCCGGAGGAGGACAGGUUUACAUGUGGGGCAAAAUAAAGAGCACCGGAGAUGAUUCGAUGUAUCCUAAACCUCUUCUGGAUUUGAGUGGAUGGAACCUGCGAUGUAUGGAUUCUGGCAGUAUGCACCACUUUGUUGGUGCUGAUUCCUCUUGCAUAAGUUGGGGCCUUGCACAGUGUGGGGAGCUGGGUUAUGGACCAAAUGGACAAAAAUCUUCCGCAGUUCCUAAGAAGGUAGACAUUUUAGAUGGCAUGCAUGUUAUCAGUGUUGCUUGUGGAUUUGCCCACUCCAUGGUUGUGAUCGAUAGGACAAAUGUUGAGGAUCGACUUGAGCAGCUUGAUGUAUAUGAUGGCAAGGCUUCUGAGGAAGUGGGGGCAGAACCUGUCAGUGAAUCUCCAGUUUCUCAAAAGGCUACCAAAAAGGGGCCCGCUAAGGCGCCUGCAAAGUCGAAUAAAAGGAAAAAGUCAAAAGAUGCAUCGGAAUCUGAAGAUGAGGAUGAAAAUAGUGAUGAUGAUGAUGAGAGUGAUGACUAUGAGGAAAAAUCUAAUGGGCGAGCUAAGUCUUCGGGCAGUGGUCGAGGAAAGGCUGCUGGCAAAGCUACAGCAGCUAAAAAGGGCACUGGCCGUGGGAGGGGUCGGCCUCCAUCAGCAAAUAAAAGCGCCAAACCUGAAGCGAAAGUAUCGACGGGUAAAAGAGGAAGGCCGAGGAAAUUGUAGGAGUACACUUUCCAGGCCAAAUUUAAGGCUUAUUGAUAUGAUGAAAUGUAACUUAUUCUCCAUUGGCUAAUUAGUUGAAUUUCAACAAGUAAAUCAUUUUCGUCAUUAACUCCAUUCAAGAUUCUGAAAUUUAGCAAGUGUAAAGCAUUUGCAUUAAACUUAGAGCAUUGACCUCCAAGACGAAGGCAUUUGUGUCUGAGUUUGUACCUGGUCAAGCUCGUUUUUGGGGAGGAAAAAAAGGAAAGUGAAAAAAAGACCUAUUCUUGCAGUG